AUGGAAGUGACUUCAGCCCUUGCUGCCUCUCAGGCGUUCACCAGGUCCCCUCUCAGCUUCCAACAACAAAAGCCCACUGAAGAUGGCAUCCCACGAAGCUUCUAUGACCUCGAGAAGCCAUUGAUUACCAACCUCGACGAUAUCGACUCCCAAUCCAGCACAUCACAGUCUUCCUCAGAGCAGGACCAAGAUCAACAAUCCUCAUCAUCACAGUCAUCACCACCGACGGAAGACCAGCCGCCUCUUUCGGACUUUGAGAAAGCCCUUCUUCACCCACAGCCAACUUCGGCACCAUAUCCAUUGCCGCCAGCUCCCACUCCGAUCUCAGUGCUGCCUCUUGAUCUUAAGACACCAGACAGCUUUGUCCCAAGAGACCCUGCCCUUAUCAGGCUGACAGGCGUCCACCCCUUCAACGUCGAGGCCCCUCUCACGCCUUUAUACGACCAGGGGUUCCUCACUACCCUCAAUCUUCACUAUGUUCGCAACCACGGACCGGUUCCUCAGGUUCACGAUGCCGACGCUCUAUCAUGGUCUUUCACCAUCGAAGGCCUCUGCUCUUCACCAAUCACCCUCACUUUGGCAGAUCUCAUCUCCUCCCGUUUCGAAGAUGAAGUCGUCUCCUACCCAGUAACACUAGUCUGCGCUGGUAACCGCCGCAAAGAACAGAACCAGGUCCGCAAAUCCAAAGGCUUCUCGUGGGGCGCCGCCGGCCUUUCAACAUCUCUCUGGACCGGUCUACCACUCGGCCACCUCCUUUCCCUUGCCGGCGUCAACACUCGCAAGGGGAAAUUUGUGCACUUUGAGGGCGCUGAUGCCCUCCCCAACGGCUACUACGGGACGUCGGUGAAGCUGAGCCAUGCCAUGGACCCAGAAAGAGGCAUGAUGAUCUCCUGGCUGAUGAACGGUCUCCCUCUUCACCCCGACCACGGCAAGCCCCUUCGAGUGAUCAUCCCGGGUAUGAUUGGCGGGAGAAGCGUGAAAUGGCUCAGGAAGAUAAUUAUCAGCGACAAACCCUCGGAGAACUGGUAUCACAUCUACGACAACCGCGUCCUGCCCACCACAAUCAGCCCCGAAGAAAGCGGUAACGGGACAGAAGAGAUGGUCCAAAUCUGGAAAGACGAGCGGUACGCCAUCUACGACCUAAACACCAACUCGGCCGUCGUGUACCCCCAACACGAAGAAACCGUCCAAAUCCAAGACGGAGCCACCUACGAGCUCAAAGGCUACGCCUACGCCGGCGGCGGCAAAAGAGUCACCCGCAUGGAGAUUUCCCUGGAUCAAGGCAAGACCUGGCUUUUGGGCAACAUCUCCUACCCCGAAGACCUCUACCGCACCGAGACAGAAAGCCGCAUCUACGGCGGCCGUCUCGACCUCUCCCAAAACGGGCGUGACGCCUCCUUCUGCUGGUGUUUCUGGUCUCUCGCUCUCCCUGUCGGCACCCUCGCCGGGGCGUCUGACAUUGUCGUCCGCGCCAUGGACGAGGCAAUGAUGGUCCAGCCUAGGGACAUGUACUGGUCGGUCCUGGGGAUGAUGAACAACCCCUGGUUCCGCGUCGUCAUCCACCACGACACGACCUCCAACACCCUCCGGUUUGAACACCCAACCCAACCCGCCCUCCAACCCGGAGGCUGGAUGGAACGGGUGAAAAGGUCAGGCGGCGACCUCACAAACGGCUUUUGGGGCGAGCGUCAAGCGGGCGGCGAAACCCUCACCAACCCUAUAACCUCCCCACCAGAGAAGGAAAUCUCCCUGACAAACCCCGCCAUCUCCCGCGAGGUUUCUCUAGAAGAGCUUCGCUCUCACGACAGCGAAGCCUCCCCUUGGUUUGUUCUGAACGGGGAAGUCUACGAUGGCACCGCCUUUCUCGAAGGCCACCCCGGCGGCGCCGCCUCCAUAAUCAACGCCGCAGCUCAGGAUAUAUCAGAUGAAUUCCUCGCCAUCCACAGCGAAAACGCCAAAGCAAUGAUGCCCCGAUACCACAUCGGCACCCUUCCCCCCUCCUCCCUCCCCCUCGUCUCCCUCCCGACCCCAUCCUCCCCCCCCGCCACCCCCCGCCCCUCGUUCCUCCACCCCAAACAAUGGCUCCCCGCCACUUUAAUCUCCAAAACAAAAGUAUCCCCCAACACUAAAAUCUUCACCUUCACCCUCCAACACGCAACCCAAACCCUCGGCCUCCCCGUUGGCCAACACCUCCUCGUCCGCCUUUCCUCCCCAGAAACAAUAAUAAGAGCCUACACCCCCAUCUCCCCCGGCUCCCUCCCCACCGGAACCCUCUCCCUCCUCAUAAAAAUCUACCCCCCCUCCCCCGAUUCCCCCUCUAGCGGAGGGAAAAUGACGCUCGCCCUCGACGCCCUCCCCCUCCGCUCCCCGGUGGAAUUCAAAGGCCCGGUCGGCAAGUUUCUCUACUUAUCCCCCGGGCUAUGUUCCGUAAACUCCAAGCAGCGAAACGUCACCAAGCUGGUCAUGAUCUGCGCCGGGAGCGGCAUCACCCCCAUCUUCCAGGUCCUCCGCGCAAUCCUCUCCUCCCCCCCCUCCCUCGACCCAACAAAAUGUCUUGUCCUCGACGGCAACAGGGUAGAAGAAGAUAUCUUGUGCAGAGACGAACUCGACGCCAUGGCAAGGGGCAAUAAGGAGAGGAUGGAAUUGGUAUACAGCCUCAGCCGCCCCCAGGCCUCCUGGCAAGGCAGAAAAGGGAGGAUGGACCGCCCGUUCUUCGAAUCCGCCGUCGGAAAGCCAGAUCCAGAAGGGAAAACGCUGGUGUUGGUUUGCGGGCCUGAGGGGUUGGAAAGGGCGAUAAGAGAAACAUUCACCGGAAGGGGCGGGUUGGGCUGGGACGAGGGGGAUGUCGUCUUCUUUUGA